AUGUCGAUGAAGACGGUCGACAUCCCGACGAACCUGCUGGAGCGGCUCAAGGCCUUCCGCAUGGGCAAGCGCUCCGUCGGCGCCGCGGCUCUGGUGGUCAAGAUCGACAAGAAGACGCUGCGCAUGGAGAUUGAGGAGGAGUUUGAGGGCAUUGCGCUCGACGAGCUGCAGGAGGAGCUUCCCGAGAACUCGCCGCGCUUCGUAGUCAUGUCGUACGAGCUCGAGCACCGCGAUGGGCGCAAGUCGUACCCAUUGGUCAUCAUCUACUGGGCACCGCCAACGUCGUCCAUGGAGCUGGCGACGCUGUACGCCUCGGCAAUGUCGCACUUCAGCACGGCAAGCGACAUUGCAAAGGUGCUCGACGUGCGCGAGGGCGUGCUGGAGAAGAAGAGCAUCGACGCGCGGCUUGGCGCCUAG